AUGGGUUGGCUCAUUCCCACUAUUACUCUUCUCAAGACUAAACUACAACACCUUCGACUCUCCUCCAAGUGCUGUGUGCCGCUCAUAGAUGCUCUUCAAUCUGGACUUCAGAAGCGCUUUGGUGAGAUGCUCAAGGAUCCUGAGCUCAUUGCAGCUUCCAUUCUGGUGCCCAAAUUCAGAAGAUGCUGGACCACAGAUGAGGGCCUUCUACAACUCGGCCUUGACUACAUCAAAAGCCAUCUCAAAGAGCUACCUGUGACUGUCAGUGACUCCACGCCUUCUUCAGAGGAAGAUGACUUUUUUUCACCUAUCAAGCAAGGGAACUUGCAAGAAAACACCAAACAGCUUGAGUCAUACCUGGCCUGUCCCAAUGACACCAUGGAAAUCUUGAAGUCAUUUCCUGCAGUCCUGAACCUUUCACUACAGCUGAACACUCCACUACCUGCUUCUGCUGCCUGCGAAAGGCUCUUCAGCACAGCAGGACUCAUUUUCCGACCCAAAAGGGCACGCAUCCAUUCACAAAACCUUGAAAACAUGCUUCUGUUGAAGCUAAAUCCAAAAUUUUGGUAG